AUAUAGGGACAAAAGCUUUUACUAUUCCAGCUAGGCCUGGAUUGGUCACUUUUUAUAUUCAAUUGGCUUUUUACACUUCAUUUCAUACUUUUGCUGUCUCUGUAUAUCUUGAUAGGCCUUUUAAACGACCAGCCAUUAGAAAUGUCAAAAUGGCAUUGGCAAAGAAAAAUGUAGCCAAUGUUAGAACAGCUUUAGAAAUUAUGAUAAAGAAAGCAAAAGCAGGAAUAGGUAUGAACCAGCAGAUACAUAGCACGCUAGCUAGUUACAAUUUCAUGUGAUAUGAUGGCAUGCACUUGAGGCCAAGGAAUCUAGUAACUGAUCUUUGGCCACACACCUUCUUCCACGUUCUUUUUCAUGCUACUGAUCUUUCUUCCCAAUAUAGUAAUAUUCAUAUAUGUAUAUCAUAGUAUCUCAGACCAUUCUGGAAGCCAGAGAGAUCAAAUAACAAGAAAAAGAUCAAGAAAUCAACAAAAGAGAACCAUGGAAGGGGAAAUGUACAACUUCACCAAGGCAUUGUUUUCGAUCUUGUUAUCCUUAACCUAUUGCUAUGCAAUCGGAAAGAUAAUCCCAAAAGGUACUACAAGAUUCUUUUGUUUGUUACCAGUUGUUUGUCUAUUUUUUUCUAUUCCUUUAAACCUCUAUUCCAUUCAUUUGGGAGGCUUCACUGCUUUCUUCAUUUCUUGGCUUGCAAAUUUUAAGCUCUUAUUAUAUGCUUUUGGUAAAGGCCCUCUGUCUUCUAAUUUGUCAGUGUCUGGUUUUCUGCUUGUUGCUUGUUUACCCAUUAAAAUUCAGCAAAGCCCACCUCAAGAUUCUCAUCUAGAUGACCAAACUAAAGAAAAACCCCAUCUAAAUGGCCAAGAUAAGCAAAACCCAGUUCCUAAAAAAGGCCAUAAGUCCUCACUAAAUUAUGCAAUAAAAUGCCUGCUUAUUGCUAUUUUUUUUCGCGUGUAUGACUAUAAUGAGUUGAUGCACCCAAAAGUUAUCCUGCUCCUAUAUUCUCUGCAUAUCUAUUUUGCUAUUGAAUUAACCUUAGCCAUGGUAGCGGCCCUGGCUCGAGCCAUAUUAGGACUUGAGCUUGAGCCACAGUUUAAUGAACCAUAUCUUUCAACUUCACUUCAAGAUUUUUGGGGCAGAAGAUGGAACAUCAUGGUCACAAGUAUCCUGCGCCCGACAGUAUAUGGUCCCCUCCUCAAAACAUGCUCCCCAAUCAUUGGUCGCAAGUGGGCUCCCGUUCCUGCAAUUAUGGGAACAUUUACUGUGUCGGCUAUAAUGCACGAGCUUAUUUUUUAUUACUUGGGCCGCGUGAAUCCAACGUGGGAAAUCACUCGGUUCUUUGUGCUACAUGGAGUUUGUUUAGUGAUUGAGAUUGCCCUGAAGAAGGUGGUUAGUAGAAGGUGGCAGCUGCCUAGAUUGAUAUCAACACCAUUGACAAUUGGCUUUGUGGUAGUUACUGGCUUUUGGCUAUUCGUGCCACAGAUUCUCCGGUGUAGAGCUGACACUAAAGCAUUUCAGGAGUAUUCGGCUGUGAGCAUUUUUUUAAAGAAUAUGACUCGUGCUUUUGUUUUUGGAUCUUAAGAUGUAAGCACAUUUGAAACUUAAGAAGCUUAAAUUUCACUUUCAGUGUAAAAAUAUGGUCUGAUGCAUAAUCUAUGAAAUGCUUGUCAUUUUGUCA